AUGGCCACAUCCUCUCUGGAAACAACUCCAAAAACCCAGCAAUCUUCAAGAACUGAACUAUCAUCACAAUCCAAUCCAAGCACAACCAAUGUUUCAUCAGUCACUGAGUCCUCUUCAGAAACACAUUUAACAACAUCAAGUUUAUCACAGGUAACUGAGUCCUCAACAGAAACAUACUCCAGUUCGACGCCAGUUUCAUCAAAAACUGAAUCACCCUCAGAGAGCCAUCAGACCACAGAAGUGCCUUCAAGCUCCUUGUCCUCAUCAAAAACACAUCCAACAACAUUACAGGAAUCAUCAUCAACAGAGCUUCCAACAACAGCAUAUCCAACAUUGACAUCUGCUUCAUCUGUUAGUGUGUCCCCAUCUGAAACCCACCUAACAACAACACCACUAUCAUCGCCAACUCAGUCCUCAGCAGAGACCUAUCCAACAACACAAACAUCCACAAACAAACCUUCAUCAGAAACACACCCGACAACAGUGGAAUCGUCAAGCACACAGCAUUCAACGCAAGUACAUCAAAGCUCAACAGAAGUUUCAUCAGUCACUGUGUCGCCAGUUGAAUCCCACUCCACAAGCUCAUCAUUUUCAUUGGUUACUCAAUCCCCAUCAGAAACACGUUCAACAUCUGCACAAGCAUCAGUGACAACUGAAACUUCAUUGGAAUCCCAUCCAACUACAGAGGCAUCUCGAAUCACAAUGUCCCCUUCAGAAAGACAGCCAACAGCACAUGAAUCAUCAAGUACAGAGCAGUCAACACAAACUCAUGGAACAACAUCAGAAAUUCCCUCAGAAAGUGCGUCCUCAUCAAAAACCCUCGCAACAGCAACACCGUCACCUUUGGUCACUGGGAGCUCAGCGGUAACUUAUUCUCAAUCAUCGCAAAUCACAUCCUCCAACAAAUCUGCAACAGUAUCACAUCCAACUACAGAAGAAUCAUCGAUCACUGUCUCCUCACCUGAAACACGUCAGACAAAUACACAGGAACCUUUUACAUCGGCAUAUCCAAAGACAACACAAGCUUCAACAGAAACUAUUUUGACAACAGAAACACAUUUAACAACACCAAUCUCAAAGGAAACGGAGCCUCCAUCAGUAACCUACCCACGCACAACAGAAGGCUCAUCCACAACAGAAUUUUCCUCACCAACACCGAAUGGUAGACAGGCAUCAGCAGCCACAUUGUCCACAGCUGAAACACGGUCAGAAACGCAGGAAUCAAUAAGAACGGAGCAUUCAACACAAACCAAUGCAAACACGACACAGAAUUCUUCAGAAAGUGUGACUGUUUCAGAACCACAUUUUACAACGCAAUUUUCAGUCACAACACAUUCCUCAUCGGAAUCAUAUUCCACAUCAGUGAAAGCUUCCUCAACAACAGAACCUUCAUCAGAAUCACAUCCUACAAUAGCAGCAUCCACGAUGGCCACAUCCUCUCUGGAAACAACUCCAAAAACCCAGCAAUCUUCAAGAACUGAACUAUCAUCACAAUCCAAUCCAAGCACAACCAAUGUUUCAUCAGUCACUGAGUCCUCUUCAGAAACACAUUUAACAACAUCAAGUUUAUCACAGGUAACUGAGUCCUCAACAGAAACAUACUCCAGUUCGACGCCAGUUUCAUCAAAAACUGAAUCACCCUCAGAGAGCCAUCAGACCACAGAAGUGCCUUCAAGCUCCUUGUCCUCAUCAAAAACACAUCCAACAACAUUACAGGAAUCAUCAUCAACAGAGCUUCCAACAACAGCAUAUCCAACAUUGACAUCUGCUUCAUCUGUUAGUGUGUCCCCAUCUGAAACCCACCUAACAACAACACCACUAUCAUCGCCAACUCAGUCCUCAGCAGAGACCUAUCCAACAACACAAACAUCCACAAACAAACCUUCAUCAGAAACACACCCGACAACAGUGGAAUCGUCAAGCACACAGCAUUCAACGCAAACACAUCAAAGUUCAACAGAAGUUUCAUCAGUCACUGUGUCGCCAGUUGAAUCCCACUCCACAAGCUCAUCAUUUUCAUUGGUUACUCAAUCCCCGUCAGAAACACGUUCAACAUCUGCACAAGCAUCAGUGACAACUGAAACUUCAUUGGAAUCCCAUCCAACUACAGAGGCAUCUCGAAUCACAAUGUCCCCUUCAGAAAGACAGCCAACAGCACAUGAAUCAUCAAGUACAGAGCAGUCAACACAAACUCAUGGAACAACAUCAGAAAUUCCCUCAGAAAGUGCGUCCUCAUCAAAAAUCCUCGCAACAGCAACAACGUCACCUUUGGUCACUGGGAGCUCAGCGGUAACUUAUUCUCAAUCAUCGCAAAUCACAUCCUCCAACAAAUCUGCAACAGUAUCACAUCCAACUACAGAAGAAUCAUCGAUCACUGUCUCCUCACCUGAAACACGUCAGACAAAUACACAGGAACCUUUUACAUCGGCAUAUCCAAAGACAACACAAGCUUCAACAGAAACUAUUUUGACAACAGAAACACAUUUAACAACACCAAUCUCAAAGGAAACGGAGCCUCCAUCAGUAACCUACCCACGCACAACAGAAGGCUCAUCCACAACAGAAUUUUCCUCACCAACACCGAAUGGUAGACAGGCAUCAGCAGCCACAUUGUCCACAGCUGAAACACGUCACAACACAUUCCUCAUCGGAAUCAUAUUCCACAUCAGUGAAAGCUUCCUCAACAACAGAACCUUCAUCAGAAUCACAUCCUACAAUAGCAGCAUCCACGAUGGCCACAUCCUCUCUGGAAAAACAACUCCAAAAACCCAGCAAUCUUCAAGAACUGAACUAUCAUCACAAUCCAAUCCAAGCACAACCAAUGUUUCAUCAGUCACUGAGUCCUCUUCAGAAACACAUUUAACAACAUCAAGUUUAUCACAGGUAACUGAGCCCUCAACAGAAACAAACUCCAGUUCGACGCCAGUUUCAUCAAAAACUGAAUCACCCUCAGAGAGCCAUCAGACCACAGAAGUGCCUUCAAGCUCCUUGUCCUCAUCAAAAACACAUCCAACAACAUUACAGGAAUCAUCAUCAACAGAGCUUCCAACAACAGCAUAUCCAACAUUGACAUCUGCUUCAUCUGUUAGUGUGUCCCCAUCUGAAACCCACCUAACAACAACACCACUAUCAUCGCCAACUCAGUCCUCAGCAGAGACCUAUCCAACAACACAAACAUCCACAAACAAACCUUCAUCAGAAACACACCCGACAACAGUGGAAUCGUCAAGCACACAGCAUUCAACGCAAACACAUCGAAGCUCAACGGAAGUUUCACCAGUCACUGUGUCGCCAGUUGAAUCCCACUCCACAAGCUCAUCAUUUUCAUUGGUUACUCAAUCCCCAUCAGAAACACGUUCAACAUCUGCACAAGCAUCAGUGACAACUGAAACUUCAUUGGAAUCCCAUCCAACUACAGAGGCAUCUCGAAUCACAAUGUCCCCUUCAGAAAGACAGCCAACAGCACAUGAAUCAUCAAGUACAGAGCAGUCAACACAAACUCAUGGAACAACAUCAGAAAUUCCCUCAGAAAGUGCGUCCUCAUCAAAAACCCUCGCAACAGCAACAACGUCACCUUUGGUCACUGGGAGCUCAGCGGUAACUUAUUCUCAAUCAUCGCAAAUCACAUCCUCCAACAAAUCUGCAACAGUAUCACAUCCAACUACAGAAGAAUCAUCGAUCACUGUCUCCUCACCUGAAACACGUCAGACAAAUACACAGGAACCUUUUACAUCGGCAUAUCCAAAGACAACACAAGCUUCAACAGAAACUAUUUUGACAACAGAAACACAUUUAUCAACACCAAUCUCAAAGGAAACGGAGCCUCCAUCAGUAACCUACCCACGCACAACAGAAGGCUCAUCCACAACAGAAUUUUCCUCACCAACACCGAAUGGUAGACAGGCAUCAGCAGCCACAUUGUCCACAGCUGAAACACGGUCAGAAACGCAGGAAUCAAUAAGAACGGAGCAUUCAACACAAACCAAUGCAAACACGACACAGAAUUCUUCAGAAAGUGUGACUGUUUCAGAACCACAUUUUACAACGCAAUUUUCAGUCACAACACAUUCCUCAUCGGAAUCAUAUUCCACAUCAGUGAAAGCUUCCUCAACAACAGAACCUUCAUCAGAAUCACAUCCUACAAUAGCAGCAUCCACGAUGGCCACAUCCUCUCUGGAAACAACUCCAAAAACCCAGCAAUCUUCAAGAACUGAACUAUCAUCACAAUCCAAUCCAAGCACAACCAAUGUUUCAUCAGUCACUGAGUCCUCUUCAGAAACACAUUUAACAACAUCAAGUUUAUCACAGGUAACUGAGUCCUCAACAGAAACAUACUCCAGUUCGACGCCAGUUUCAUCAAAAACUGAAUCACCCUCAGAGAGCCAUCAGACCCCAGAAGUGCCUUCAAGCUCCUUGUCCUCAUCAAAAACACAUCAAACAACAUUACAGGAAUCAUCAUCAACAAAGCUUCCAACAACAGCAUAUCCAACAUUGACAUCUGCUUCAUCUGUUAGUGUGUCCCCAUCUGAAACCCACCUAACAACAACACCACUAUCAUCGCCAACUCAGUCCUCAGCAGAGACCUAUCCAACAACACAAACAUCCACAAACAAACCUUCAUCAGAAACACACCCGACAACAGUGGAAUCGUCAAGCACACAGCAUUCAACGCAAACACAUCAAAGCUCAACAGAAGUUUCAUCAGUCACUGUGUCGCCAGUUGAAUCCCACUCCACAAGCUCAUCAUUUUCAUUGUUUACUCAAUCCCCAUCAGAAACACGUUCAACAUCUGCACAAGCAUCAGUGACAACUGAAACUUCAUUGGAAUCCCAUCCAACUACAGAGGCAUCUCGAAUCACAAUGUCCCCUUCAGAAAGACAGCCAACAGCACAUGAAUCAUCAAGUACAGAGCAGUCAACACAAACUCAUGGAACAACAUCAGAAAUUCCCUCAGAAAGUGCGUCCUCAUCAAAAACCCUCGCAACAGCAACAACGUCACCUUUGGUCACUGGGAGCUCAGCGGUAACUUAUUCUCAAUCAUCGCAAAUCACAUCCUCCAACAAAUCUGCAACAGUAUCACAUCCAACUACAGAAGAAUCAUCGAUCACUGUCUCCUCACCUGAAACACGUCAGACAAAUACACAGGAACCUUUUACAUCAGCAUAUCCAAAGACAACACAAGCUUCAACAGAAACUAUUUUGACAACAGAAACACAUUUAACAACACCAAUCUCAAAGGAAACGGAGCCUCCAUCAGUAACCUACCCACGCACAACAGAAGGCUUAUCCACAACAGAAUUUUCCUCACCAACACCGAAUUCUAGACAGGCAUCAGCAGCCACAUUGUCCACAGCUGAAACACGGUCAGAAACGCAGGAAUCAAUAAGAACGGAGCAUUCAACACAAACCAAUGCAAACACGACACAGAAUUCUUCAGAAAGUGUGACUGUUUCAGAACCACAUUUUACAACGCAAUUUUCAGUCACAACACAUUCCUCAUCGGAAUCAUAUUCCACAUCAGUGAAAGCUUCCUCAACAACAGAACCUUCAUCAGAAUCACAUCCUACAAUAGCAGCAUCCACGAUGGCCACAUCCUCUCUGGAAACAACUCCAAAAACCCAGCAAUCUUCAAGAACUGAACUAUCAUCACAAUCCAAUCCAAGCACAACCAAUGUUUCAUCAGUCACUGAGUCCUCUUCAGAAACACAUUUAACAACAUCAAGUUUAUCACAGGUAACUGAGUCCUCAACAGAAACAUAUUCCAGUUCGACGCCGGUUUCAUCAAAAACUGAAUCACCCUCAGAGAGCCAUCAGACCACAGAAGUGCCUUCAAGCUCCUUGUCCUCAUCAAAAACACAUCCAACAACAUUACAGGAAUCAUCAUCAACAGAGCUUCCAACAACAGCAUAUCCAACAUUGACAUCUGCUUCAUCUGUUAGUGUGUCCCCAUCUGAAACCCACCUAACAACAACACCACUAUCAUCGCCAACUCAGUCCUCAGCAGAGACCUAUCCAACAACACAAACAUCCACAAACAAACCUUCAUCAGAAACACACCCGACAACAGUGGAAUCGUCAAGCACACAGCAUUCAACGCAAACACAUCAAAGCUCAACGGAAGUUUCAUCAGUCACUGUGUCGCCAGUUGAAUCCCACUCCACAAGCUCAUCAUUUUCAUUGGUUACUCAAUCCCCAUCAGAAACACGUUCAACAUCUGCACAAGCAUCAGUGACAACUGAAACUUCAUUGGAAUCCCAUCCAACUACAGAGGCAUCUCGAAUCACAAUGUCCCCUUCAGAAAGACAGCCAACAGCACAUGAAUCAUCAAGUACAGAGCAGUCAACACAAACUCAUGGAACAACAUCAGAAAUUCCCUCAGAAAGUGCGUCCUCAUCAAAAAUCCUCGCAACAGCAACAACGUCACCUUUGGUCACUGGGAGCUCAGCGGUAACUUAUUCUCAAUCAUCGCAAAUCACAUCCUCCAACAAAUCUGCAACAGUAUCACAUCCAACUACAGAAGAAUCAUCGAUCACUGUCUCCUCACCUGAAACACGUCAGACAAAUACACAGGAACCUUUUACAUCAGCAUAUCCAAAGACAACACAAGCUUCAACAGAAACUAUUUUGACAACAGAAACACAUUUAACAACACCAAUCUCAAAGGAAACGGAGCCUCCAUCAGUAACCUACCCACGCACAACAGAAGGCUUAUCCACAACAGAAUUUUCCUCACCAACACCGAAUGGUAGACAGGCAUCAGCAGCCACAUUGUCCACAGCUGAAACACGGUCAGAAACGCAGGAAUCAAUAAGAACGGAGCAUUCAACACAAACCAAUGCAAACACGACACAGAAUUCUUCAGAAAGUGUGACUGUUUCAGAACCACAUUUUACAACGCAAUUUUCAGUCACAACACAUUCCUCAUCGGAAUCAUAUUCCACAUCAGUGAAAGCUUCCUCAACAACAGAACCUUCAUCAGAAUCACAUCCUACAAUAGCAGCAUCCACGAUGGCCACAUCCUCUCUGGAAACAACUCCAAAAACCCAGCAAUCUUCAAGAACUGAACUAUCAUCACAAUCCAAUCCAAGCACAACCAAUGUUUCAUCAGUCACUGAGUCCUCUUCAGAAACACAUUUAACAACAUCAAGUUUAUCACAGGUAACUGAGUCCUCAACAGAAACAUACUCCAGUUCGACGCCAGUUUCAUCAAAAACUGAAUCACCCUCAGAGAGCCAUCAGACCACAGAAGUGCCUUCAAGCUCCUUGUCCUCAUCAAAAACACAUCCAACAACAUUACAGGAAUCAUCAUCAACAGAGCUUCCAACAACAGCAUAUCCAACAUUGACAUCUGCUUCAUCUGAUAGUGUGUCCCCAUCUGAAACCCACCUAACAACAACACCACUAUCAUCGCCAACUCAGUCCUCAGCAGAGACCUAUCCAACAACACAAACAUCCACAAACAAACCUUCAUCAGAAACACACCCGACAACAGUGGAAUCGUCAAGCACACAGCAUUCAACGCAAACACAUCAAAGCUCAACAGAAGUUUCAUCAGUCACUGUGUCGCCAGUUGAAUCCCACUCCACAAGCUCAUCAUUUUCAUUGGUUACUCAAUCCCCAUCAGAAACACGUUCAACAUCUGCACAAGCAUCAGUGACAACUGAAACUUCAUCGGAAUCCCAUCCAACUACAGAGGCAUCUCGAAUCACAAUGUCCCCUUCAGAAAGACAGCCAACAGCACAUGAAUCAUCAAGUACAGAGCAGUCAACACAAACUCAUGGAACAACAUCAGAAAUUCCCUCAGAAAGUGCGUCCUCAUCAAAAACCCUCGCAACAGCAACAACGUCACCUUUGGUCACUGGGAGCUCAGCGGUAACUUAUUCUCAAUCAUCGCAAAUCACAUCCUCCAACAAAUCUGCAACAGUAUCACAUCCAACUACAGAAGAAUCAUCGAUCACUGUCUCCUCACCUGAAACACGUCAGACAAAUACACAGGAACCUUUUACAUCAGCAUAUCCAAAGACAACACAAGCUUCAACAGAAACUAUUUUGACAACAGAAACACAUUUAACAACACCAAUCUCAAAGGAAACGGAGCCUCCAUCAGUAACCUACCCACGCACAACAGAAGGCUCAUCCACAACAGAAUUUUCCUCACCAACACCGAAUGGUAGACAGGCAUCAGCAGCCACAUUGUCCACAGCUGAAACACGGUCAGAAACGCAGGAAUCAAUAAGAACGGAGCAUUCAACACAAACCAAUGCAAACACGACACAGAAUUCUUCAGAAAGUGUGACUGUUUCAGAACCACAUUUUACAACGCAAUUUUCAGUCACAACACAUUCCUCAUCGGAAUCAUAUUCCACAUCAGUGAAAGCUUCCUCAACAACAGAACCUUCAUCAGAAUCACAUCCUACAAUAGCAGCAUCCACGAUGGCCACAUCCUCUCUGGAAACAACUCCAAAAACCCAGCAAUCUUCAAGAACUGAACUAUCAUCACAAUCCAAUCCAAGCACAACCAAUGUUUCAUCAGUCACUGAGUCCUCUUCAGAAACACAUUUAACAACAUCAAGUUUAUCACAGGUAACUGAGUCCUCAACAGAAACAUACUCCAGUUCGACGCCAGUUUCAUCAAAAACUGAAUCACCCUCAGAGAGCCAUCAGACCACAGAAGUGCCUUCAAGCUCCUUGUCCUCAUCAAAAACACAUCCAACAACAUUACAGGAAUCAUCAUCAACAGAGCUUCCAACAACAGCAUAUCCAACAUUGACAUCUGCUUCAUCUGUUAGUGUGUCCCCAUCUGAAACCCACCUAACAACAACACCACUAUCAUCGCCAACUCAGUCCUCAGCAGAGACCUAUCCAACAACACAAACAUCCACAAACAAACCUUCAUCAGAAACACAUCCGACAACAGUGGAAUCGUCAAGCACACAGCAUUCAACGCAAACACAUCAAAGCUCAACAGAAGUUUCAUCAGUCACUGUGUCGCCAGUUGAAUCCCACUCCACAAGCUCAUCAUUUUCAUUGGUUACUCAAUCCCCGUCAGAAACACGUUCAACAUCUGCACAAGCAUCAGUGACAACUGAAACUUCAUCGGAAUCCCAUCCAACUACAGAGGCAUCUCGAAUCACAAUGUCCCCUUCAGAAAGACAGCCAACAGCACAUGAAUCAUCAAGUACAGAGCAGUCAACACAAACUCAUGGAACAACAUCAGAAAUUCCCUCAGAAAGUGCGUCCUCAUCAAAAACCCUCGCAACAGCAACAACGUCACCUUUGGUCACUGGGAGCUCAGCGGUAACUUAUUCUCAAUCAUCGCAAAUCACAUCCUCCAACAAAUCUGCAACAGUAUCACAUCCAACUACAGAAGAAUCAUCGAUCACUGUCUCCUCACCUGAAACACGUCAGACAAAUACACAGGAACCUUUUACAUCAGCAUAUCCAAAGACAACACAAGCUUCAACAGAAACUAUUUUGACAACAGAAACACAUUUAACAACACCAAUCUCAAAGGAAACUGAGCCUCCAUCAGUAACCUACCCACGCACAACAGAAGGCUCAUCCACAACAGAAUUUUCCUCACCAACACCGAAUGGUAGACAGGCAUCAGCAGCCACAUUGUCCACAGCUGAAACACGGUCAGAAACGCAGGAAUCAAUAAGAACGGAGCAUUCAACACAAACCAAUGCAAACACGACACAGAAUUCUUCAGAAAGUGUGACUGUUUCAGAACCACAUUUUACAACGCAAUUUUCAGUCACAACACAUUCCUCAUCGGAAUCAUAUUCCACAUCAGUGAAAGCUUCCUCAACAACAGAACCUUCAUCAGAAUCACAUCCUACAAUAGCAGCAUCCACGAUGGCCACAUCCUCUCUGGAAACAACUCCAAAAACCCAGCAAUCUUCAAGAACUGAACUAUCAUCACAAUCCAAUCCAAGCACAACCAAUGUUUCAUCAGUCACUGAGUCCUCUUCAGAAACACAUUUAACAACAUCAAGUUUAUCACAGGUAACUGAGUCCUCAACAGAAACAUACUCCAGUUCGACGCCAGUUUCAUCAAAAACUGAAUCACCCUCAGAGAGCCAUCAGACCACAGAAGUGCCUUCAAGCUCCUUGUCCUCAUCAAAAACACAUCCAACAACAUUACAGGAAUCAUCAUCAACAGAGCUUCCAACAACAGCAUAUCCAACAUUGACAUCUGCUUCAUCUGUUAGUGUGUCCCCAUCUGAAACCCACCUAACAACAACACCACUAUCAGCGCCAACUCAGUCCUCAGCAGAGACCUAUCCAAACACACAAACAUCCACAAACAAACCUUCAUCAGAACCACAUCCAACAACAGUGGAAUCGUCAAGCACACAGCAUUCAACGCAAACACAUCAAAGUUCAACAGAAGUUUCAUCAGUCACUGUGUCGCCAGUUGAAUCCCACUCCACAAGCUCAUCAUUUUCAUUGGUUACUCAAUCCCCGUCAGAAACACGUUCAACAUCUGCACAAGCAUCAGUGACAACUGGAACUUCAUCGGAAUCCCAUCCAACUACAGAGGCAUCUCGAAUCACAAUGUCCCCUUCAGAAAGACAGCCAACAGCACAUGAAUCAUCAAGUACAGAGCAGUCAACACAAACUCAUGGAACAACAUCAGAAAUUCCCUCAGAAAGUGCGUCCUCAUCAAAAACCCUCGCAACAGCAACAACGUCACCUUUGGUCACUGGGAGCUCAGCGGUAACUUAUUCUCAAUCAUCGCAAAUCACAUCCUCCAACAAAUCUGCAACAGUAUCACAUCCAACUACAGAAGAAUCAUCGAUCACUGCCUCCUCACCUGAAACACGUCAGACAAAUACACAGGAACCUUUUACAUCGGCAUAUCCAAAGACAACACAAGCUUCAACAGAAACUAUUUUGACAACAGAAACACAUUUAACAACACCAAUCUCAAAGGAAACGGAGCCUCCAUCAGUAACCUACCCACGCACAACAGAAGGCUCAUCCACAACAGAAUUUUCCUCACCAACACCGAAUGGUAGACAGGCAUCAGCAGCCACAUUGUCCACAGCUGAAACACGGUCAGAAACGCAGGAAUCAAUAAGAACGGAGCAUUCAACACAAACCAAUGCAAACACGACACAGAAUUCUUCAGAAAGUGUGACUGUUUCAGAACCACAUUUUACAACGCAAUUUUCAGUCACAACACAUUCAUCAUCGGAAUCAUAUUCCACAACAGUGAAAGCUUCCUCAACAACAGAACCUUCAUCAGAAUCACAUCCUACAAUAGCAGCAUCCACGAUGGCCACAUCCUCUCUGGAAACAACUCCAAAAACCCAGCAAUCUUCAAGAACUGAACUAUCAUCACAAUCCAAUCCAAGCACAACCAAUGUUUCAUCAGUCACUGAGUCCUCUUCAGAAACACAUUUAACAACAUCAAGUUUAUCACAGGUAACUGAGUCCUCAACAGAAACAUACUCCAGUUCGACGCCGGUUUCAUCAAAAACUGAAUCACCCUCAGAGAGCCAUCAGACCACAGAAGUGCCUUCAAGCUCCUUGUCCUCAUCAAAAACACAUCCAACAACAUUACAGGAAUCAUCAUCAACAGAGCUUCCAACAACAGCAUAUCCAACAUUGACAUCUGCUUCAUCUGUUAGUGUGUCCCCAUCUGAAACCCACCUAACAACAACACCACUAUCAUCGCCAACUCAGUCCUCAGCAGAGACCUAUCCAACAACACAAACAUCCACAAACAAACCUUCAUCAGAAACACACCCGACAACAGUGGAAUCGUCAAGCACACAGCAUUCAACGCAAACACAUCAAAGCUCAACAGAAGUUUCAUCAGUCACUGUGUCGCCAGUUGAAUCCCACUCCACAAGCUCAUCAUUUUCAUUGGUUACUCAAUCCCCGUCAGAAACACGUUCAACAUCUGCACAAGCAUCAGUGACAACUGAAACUUCAUUGGAAUCCCAUCCAACUACAGAGGCAUCUCGAAUCACAAUGUCCCCUUCAGAAAGACAGCCAACAGCACAUGAAUCAUCAAGUACAGAGCAGUCAACACAAACUCAUGGAACAACAUCAGAAAUUCCCUCAGAAAGUGCGUCCUCAUCAAAAACCCUCGCAACAGCAACAACGUCACCUUUGGUCACUGGGAGCUCAGCGGUAACUUAUUCUCAAUCAUCGCAAAUCACAUCCUCCAACAAAUCUGCAACAGUAUCACAUCCAACUACAGAAGAAUCAUCGAUCACUGUCUCCUCACCUGAAACACGUCAGACAAAUACACAGGAACCUUUUACAUCGGCAUAUCCAAAGACAACACAAGCUUCAACAGAAACUAUUUUGACAACAGAAACACAUUUAACAACACCAAUCUCAAAGGAAACGGAGCCUCCAUCAGUAACCUACCCACGCACAACAGAAGGCUCAUCCACAACAGAAUUUUCCUCACCAACACCGAAUGGUAGACAGGCAUCAGCAGCCACAUUGUCCACAGCUGAAACACGGUCAGAAACGCAGGAAUCAAUAAGAACGGAGCAUUCAACACAAACCAAUGCAAACACGACACAGAAUUCUUCAGAAAGUGUGACUGUUUCAGAACCACAUUUUACAACGCAAUUUUCAGUCACAACACAUUCCUCAUCGGAAUCAUAUUCCACAACAGUGAAAGCUUCCUCAACAACAGAACCUUCAUCAGAAUCACAUCCUACAAUAGCAGCAUCCACGAUGGCCACAUCCUCUCUGGAAACAACUCCAAAAACCCAGCAAUCUUCAAGAACUGAACUAUCAUCACAAUCCAAUCCAAGCACAACCAAUGUUUCAUCAGUCACUGAGUCCUCUUCAGAAACACAUUUAACAACAUCAGGUUUAUCACAGGUAACUGAGUCCUCAACAGAAACAUACUCCAGUUCGACCCCGGUUUCAUCAAAAACUGAAUCACCCUCAGAGAGCCAUCAGACCACAGAAGUGCCUUCAAGCUCCUUGUCCUCAUCAAAAACACAUCCAACAACAUUACAGGAAUCAUCAUCAACAGAGCUUCCAACAACAGCAUAUCCAACAUUGACAUCUGCUUCAUCUGUUAGUGUGUCCCCAUCUGAAACCCACCUAACAACAACACCACUAUCAUCGCCAACUCAGUCCUCAGCAGAGACCUAUCCAACAACACAAACAUCCACAAACAAACCUUCAUCAGAAACACACCCGACAACAGUGGAAUCGUCAAGCACACAGCAUUCAACGCAAACACAUCAAAGCUCAACAGAAGUUUCAUCAGUCACUGUGUCGCCAGUUGAAUCCCACUCCACAAGCUCAUCAUUUUCAUUGGUUACUCAAUCCCCGUCAGAAACACGUUCAACAUCUGCACAAGCAUCAGUGACAACUGAAACUUCAUCGGAAUCCCAUCCAACUACAGAGGCAUCUCGAAUCACAAUGUCCCCUUCAGAAAGACAGCCAACAGCACAUGAAUCAUCAAGUACAGAGCAGUCAACACAAACUCAUGGAACAACAUCAGAAAUUCCCUCAGAAAGUGCGUCCUCAUCAAAAACCCUCACAACAGCAACAACGUCACCUUUGGUCACUGGGAGCUCAGCGGUAACUUAUUCUCAAUCAUCGCAAAUCACAUCCUCCAACAAAUCUGCAACAGUAUCACAUCCAACUACAGAAGAAUCAUCGAUCACUGCCUCCUCACCUGAAACACGUCAGACAAAUACACAGGAACCUUUUACAUCGGCAUAUCCAAAGACAACACAAGCUUCAACAGAAACUAUUUUGACAACAGAAACACAUUUAACAACACCAAUCUCAAAGGAAACGGAGCCUCCAUCAGUAACCUACCCACGCACAACAGAAGGCUCAUCCACAACAGAAUUUUCCUCACCAACACCGAAUGGUAGACAGGCAUCAGCAGCCACAUUGUCCACAGCUGAAACACGGUCAGAAACGCAGGAAUCAAUAAGAACGGAGCAUUCAACACAAACCAAUGCAAACACGACACAGAAUUCUUCAGAAAGUGUGACUGUUUCAGAACCACAUUUUACAACGCAAUUUUCAGUCACAACACAUUCCUCAUCGGAAUCAUAUUCCACAACAGUGAAAGCUUCCUCAACAACAGAACCUUCAUCAGAAUCACAUCCUACAAUAGCAGCAUCCACGAUGGCCACAUCAUCUCUGGAAACAACUCCAAAAACCCAGCAAUCUUCAAGAACUGAACUAUCAUCACAAUCCAAUCCAAGCACAACCAAUGUUUCAUCAGUCACUGAGUCCUCUUCAGAAACACAUUUAACAACAUCAAGUUUAUCACAGGUAACUGAGUCCUCAACAGAAACAUACUCCAGUUCGACGCCGGUUUCAUCAAAAACUGAAUCACCCUCAGAGAGCCAUCAGACCACAGAAGUGCCUUCAAGCUCCUUGUCUUCAUCAAAAACACAUCCAACAACAUUACAGGAAUCAUCAUCAACAGAGCUUCCAACAACAGCAUAUCCAACAUUGACAUCUGCUUCAUCUGUUAGUGUGUCCCCAUCUGAAACCCACCUAACAACAACACCACUAUCAUCGCCAACUCAGUCCUCAGCAGAGACCUAUCCAACAACACAAACAUCCACAAACAAACCUUCAUCAGAAACACACCCGACAACAGUGGAAUCGUCAAGCACACAGCAUUCAACGCAAACACAUCAAAGCUCAACAGAAGUUUCAUCAGUCACUGUGUCGCCAGUUGAAUCCCACUCCACAAGCUCAUCAUUUUCAUUGGUUACUCAAUCCCCAUCAGAAACACGUUCAACAUCUGCACAAGCAUCAGUGACAACUGAAACUUCAUUGGAAUCCCAUCCAACUACAGAGGCAUCUCGAAUCACAAUGUCCCCUUCAGAAAGACAGCCAACAGCACAUGAAUCAUCAAGUACAGAGCAGUCAACACAAACUCAUGGAACAACAUCAGAAAUUCCCUCAGAAAGUGCGUCCUCAUCAAAAACCCUCGCAACAGCAACAACGUCACCUUUGGUCACUGGGAGCUCAGCGGUAACUUAUUCUCAAUCAUCGCAAAUCACAUCCUCCAACAAAUCUGCAACAGUAUCACAUCCAACUACAGAAGAAUCAUCGAUCACUGUCUCCUCACCUGAAACACGUCAGACAAAUACACAGGAACCUUUUACAUCGGCAUAUCCAAAGACAACACAAGCUUCAACAGAAACUAUUUUGACAACAGAAACACAUUUAACAACACCAAUCUCAAAGGAAACGGAGCCUCCAUCAGUAACCUACCCACGCACAACAGAAGGCUCAUCCACAACAGAAUUUUCCUCACCAACACCGAAUGGUAGACAGGCAUCAGCAGCCACAUUGUCCACAGCUGAAACACGGUCAGAAACGCAGGAAUCAAUAAGAACGGAGCAUUCAACACAAACCAAUGCAAACACGACACAGAAUUCUUCAGAAAGUGUGACUGUUUCAGAACCACAUUUUACAACGCAAUUUUCAGUCACAACACAUUCCUCAUCGGAAUCAUAUUCCACAACAGUGAAAGCUUCCUCAACAACAGAACCUUCAUCAGAAUCACAUCCUACAAUAGCAGCAUCCACGAUGGCCACAUCAUCUCUGGAAACAACUCCAAAAACCCAGCAAUCUUCAAGAACUGAACUAUCAUCACAAUCCAAUCCAAGCACAACCAAUGUUUCAUCAGUCACUGAGUCCUCUUCAGAAACACAUUUAACAACAUCAAGUUUAUCACAGGAAUCAUCAUCAACAGAGCUUCCAACGACCGCAUAUCCAACAUUGACAUCUGCUUCAUCUGUUAGUGUGUCCCCAUCUGAAACCCACCUAACAACAACACCACUAUCAUCGCCAACUCAGUCCUCAGCAGAGACCUAUCCAACAACACAAACAUCCACAAACAAACCUUCAUCAGAAACACAUCCAACAACAGUGGAAUCGUCAAGCACACAGCAUUCAACGCAAACACAUCAAAGCUCAACAGAAGUUUCAUCAGUCACUGUGUCGCCAGUUGAAUCCCACUCCACAAGCUCAUCAUUUUCAUUGGUUACUCAAUCCCCGUCAGAAACACGUUCAACAUCUGCACAAGCAUCAGUGACAACUGAAACUUCAUCGGAAUCCCAUCCAACUACAGAGGCAUCUCGAAUCACAAUGUCCCCUUCAGAAAGACAGCCAACAGCACAUGAAUCAUCAAGUACAGAGCAGUCAACACAAACUCAUGGAACAACAUCAGAAAUUCCCUCAGAAAGUGCGUCCUCAUCAAAAACCCUCGCAACAGCAACAACGUCACCUUUGGUCACUGGGAGCUCAGCGGUAACUUAUUCUCAAUCAUCGCAAAUCACAUCCUCCAACAAAUCUGCAACAGUAUCACAUCCAACUACAGAAAAAUCAUCGAUCACUGUCUCCUCACCUGAAACACGUCAGACAAAUACACAGGAACCUUUUACAUCGGCAUAUCCAAAGACAACACAAGCUUCAACAGAAACUAUUUUGACAACAGAAACACAUUUAACAACACCAAUCUCAAAGGAAACGGAGCCUCCAUCAGUAACCUACCCACGCACAACAGAAGGCUCAUCCACAACAGAAUUUUCCUCACCAACACCGAAUGGUAGACAGGCAUCAGCAGCCACAUUGUCCACAGCUGAAACACGGUCAGAAACGCAGGAAUCAAUAAGAACGGAGCAUUCAACACAAACCAAUGCAAACACGACACAGAAUUCUUCAGAAAGUGUGACUGUUUCAGAACCACAUUUUACAACGCAAUUUUCAGUCACAACACAUUCCUCAUCGGAAUCAUAUUCCACAUCAGUGAAAGCUUCCUCAACAACAGAACCUUCAUCAGAAUCACAUCCUACAAUAGCAGCAUCCACGAUGGCCACAUCCUCUCUGGAAACAACUCCAAAAACCCAGCAAUCUUCAAGAACUGAACUAUCAUCACAAUCCAAUCCAAGCACAAUCAAUGUUUCAUCAGUCACUGAGUCCUCUUCAGAAACACAUUUAACAACAUCAAGUUUAUCACAGGUAACUGAGUCCUCAACAGAAACAUACUCCAGUUCGACGCCGGUUUCAUCAAAAACUGAAUCACCCUCAGAGAGCCAUCAGACCACAGAAGUGCCUUCAAGCUCCUUGUCCUCAUCAAAAACACAUCCAACAACAUUACAGGAAUCAUCAUCAACAGAGCUUCCAACAACAGCAUAUCCAACAUUGACAUCUGCUUCAUCUGUUAAUGUGUCCCCAUCUGAAACCCACCUAACAACAACACCACUAUCAUCGCCAACUCAGUCCUCAGCAGAGACCUAUCCAACAACACAAACAUCCACAAACAAACCUUCAUCAGAAACACACCCGACAACAGUGGAAUCGUCAAGCACACAGCAUUCAACGCAAACACAUCAAAGCUCAACAGAAGUUUCAUCAGUCACUGUGUCGCCAGUUGAAUCCCACUCCACAAGCUCAUCAUUUUCAUUGGUUACUCAAUCCCCGUCAGAAACACGUUCAACAUCUGCACAAGCAUCAGUGACAACUGAAACUUCAUCGGAAUCCCAUCCAACUACAGAGGCAUCUCGAAUCACAAUGUCCCCUUCAGAAAGACAGCCAACAGCACAUGAAUCAUCAAGUACAGAGCAGUCAACACAAACUCAUGGAACAACAUCAGAAAUUCCCUCAGAAAGUGCGUCCUCAUCAAAAACCCUCGCAACAGCAACAACGUCACCUUUGGUCACUGGGAGCUCAGCGGUAACUUAUUCUCAAUCAUCGCAAAUCACAUCCUCCAACAAAUCUGCAACAGUAUCACAUCCAACUACAGAAAAAUCAUCGAUCACUGUCUCCUCACCUGAAACACGUCAGACAAAUACACAGGAACCUUUUACAUCAGCAUAUCCAAAGACAACACAAGCUUCAACAGAAACUAUUUUGACAACAGAAACACAUUUAACAACACCAAUCUCAAAGGAAACGGAGCCUCCAUCAGUAACCUACCCACGCACAACAGAAGGCUUAUCCACAACAGAAUUUUCCUCACCAACACCGAAUUCUAGACAGGCAUCAGCAGCCACAUUGUCCACAGCUGAAACACGGUCAGAAACGCAGGAAUCAAUAAGAACGGAGCAUUCAACACAAACCAAUGCAAACACGACACAGAAUUCUUCAGAAAGUGUGACUGUUUCAGAACCACAUUUUACAACGCAAUUUUCAGUCACAACACAUUCCUCAUCGGAAUCAUAUUCCACAUCAGUGAAAGCUUCCUCAACAACAGAACCUUCAUCAGAAUCACAUCCUACAAUAGCAGCAUCCACGAUGGCCACAUCCUCUCUGGAAACAACUCCAAAAACCCAGCAAUCUUCAAGAACUGAACUAUCAUCACAAUCCAAUCCAAGCACAACCAAUGUUUCAUCAGUCACCGAGUCCUCUUCACAAACACAUUUAACAACAUCAGGUUUAUCACAGGUAACUGAGUCCUCAACAGAAACAUACUCCAGUUCGACACCAGUUUCAUCAAAAACUGAAUCACCCUCAGAGAGCCAUCAGACCACAGAAGUGCCUUCAAGCUCCUUGUCCUCAUCAAAAACACAUCCAACAACAUUACAGGAAUCAUCAUCAACAGAGCUUCCAACAACAGCAUAUCCAACAUUGACAUCUGCUUCAUCUGUUAGUGUGUCCCCAUCUGAAACCCACCUAACAACAACACCACUAUCAUCGCCAACUCAGUCCUCAGCAGAGACCUAUCCAACAACACAAACAUCCACAAACAAACCUUCAUCAGAAACACACCCGACAACAGUGGAAUCGUCAAGCACACAGCAUUCAACGCAAACACAUCAAAGCUCAACAGAAGUUUCAUCAGUCACUGUGUCGCCAGUUGAAUCCCACUCCACAAGCUCAUCAUUUUCAUUGGUUACUCAAUCCCCGUCAGAAACACGUUCAACAUCUGCACAAGCAUCAGUGACAACUGAAACUUCAUUGGAAUCCCAUCCAACUACAGAGGCAUCUCGAAUCACAAUGUCCCCUUCAGAAAGACAGCCAACAGCACAUGAAUCAUCAAGUACAGAGCAGUCAACACAAACUCAUGGAACAACAUCAGAAAUUCCCUCAGAAAGUGCGUCCUCAUCAAAAACCCUCGCAACAGCAACAACGUCACCUUUGGUCACUGGGAGCUCAGCGGUAACUUAUUCUCAAUCAUCGCAAAUCACAUCCUCCAACAAAUCUGCAACAGUAUCACAUCCAACUACAGAAGAAUCAUCGAUCACUGUCUCCUCACCUGAAACACGUCAGACAAAUACACAGGAACCUUUUACAUCGGCAUAUCCAAAGACAACACAAGCUUCAACAGAAACUAUUUUGACAACAGAAACACAUUUAACAACACCAAUCUCAAAGGAAACGGAGCCUCCAUCAGUAACCUACCCACGCACAACAGAAGGCUUAUCCACAACAGAAUUUUCCUCACCAACACCGAAUGGUAGACAGGCAUCAGCAGCCACAUUGUCCACAGCUGAAACACGGUCAGAAACGCAGGAAUCAAUAAGAACGGAGCAUUCAACACAAACCAAUGCAAACACGACACAGAAUUCUUCAGAAAGUGUGACCGUUUCAGAACCACAUUUCACAACGCAAUUUUCAGUCACAACACAUUCCUCAUCGGAAUCAUAUUCCACAUCAGUGAAAGCUUCCUCAAUAACAGAACCUUCAUCAGAAUCACACCCUACAAUAGCAGCAUCCACGAUGGCCACAUCCUCUCUGGAAACAACUCCAAAAACCCAGCAAUCUUCAAGAACUGAACUAUCAUCACAAUCCAAUCCAAGCACAACCAAUGUUUCAUCAGUCACUGAGUCCUCUUCAGAAACACAUUUAACAACAUCAAGUUUAUCACAGGUAACUGAGUCCUCAACAGAAACAUACUCCAGUUCGACGCCGGUUUCAUCAAAAACUGAAUCACCCUCAGAGAGCCAUCAGACCACAGAAGUGCCUUCAAGCUCCUUGUCCUCAUCAAAAACACAGCCAACAACAUUACAGGAAUCAUCAUCAACAGAGCUUCCAACAACAGCAUAUCCAACAUUGACAUCUGCUUCAUCUAUUAGUGUGUCCCCAUCUGAAGCCCACCUAACAACAUCACCACUAUCAUCGCCAACUCAGUCCUCAGCAGAGACCUAUCCAACAACACAAACAUCCACAAACAAACCUUCAUCAGAAACACACCCGACAACAGUGGAAUCGUCAAGCACACAGCAUUCAACGCAAGCACAUCAAAGCUCAACAGAAGUUUCAUCAGUCACUGUGUCGCCAGUUGAAUCCCACUCCACAAGCUCAUCAUUUUCAUUGGUUACUCAAUCCCCGUCAGAAACACGUUCAACAUCUGCACAAGCAUCAGUGACAACUGAAACUUCAUCGGAAUCCCAUCCAACUACAGAGGCAUCUCGAAUCACAAUGUCCCCUUCAGAAAGACAGCCAACAGCACAUGAAUCAUCAAGUACAGAGCAGUCAACACAAACUCAUGGAACAACAUCAGAAAUUUCCUCAGAAAGUGCGUCCUCAUCAAAAACCCUCGCAACAGCAACAACGUCACCUUUGGUCACUGGGAGCUCAGCGGUAACUUAUUCUCAAUCAUCGCAAAUCACAUCCUCCAACAAAUCUGCAACAGUAUCACAUCCAACUACAGAAGAAUCAUCGAUCACUGUCUCCUCACCUGAAACACGUCAGACAAAUACACAGGAACCUUUUACAUCGGCAUAUCCAAAGACAACACAAGCUUCAACAGAAACUAUUUUGACAACAGAAACACAUUUAACAACACCAAUCUCAAAGGAAACGGAGCCUCCAUCAGUAACCUACCCACGCACAACAGAAGGCUUAUCCACAACAGAAUUUUCCUCACCAACACCGAAUGGUAGACAGGCAUCAGCAACCACAUUGUCCACAGCUGAAACACGGUCAGAAACGCAGGAAUCAAUAAGAACGGAGCAUUCAACACAAACCAAUGCAAGCACGACACAGAAUUCUUCAGAAAGUGUGACUGUUUCAGAACCACAUUUUACAACGCAAUUUUCAGUCACAACACAUUCCGCAUCGGAAUCAUAUUCCACAUCAGUGAAAGCUUCCUCAACAACAGAACCUUCAUCAGAAUCACAUCCUACAAUAGCAGCAUCCACGAUUGCCACAUCUCUGGAAACAACUCCAAAAACCCAGCAAUCUUCAAGAACUGAACUAUCAUCACAAUCCAAUCCAAGCACAACCAAUGUUUCAUCAGUCACUGAGUCCUCUUCAGAAACACAUUUAACAACAUCAAGUUUAACACAGGUAACUGAGUCCUCAACAGAAACAUACUCCAUUUCGACACCAGUUUCAUCAAAAACUGAAUCACCCUCAGAGAGCCAUCAGACCACAGAAGUGCCUUCAAGCUCCUUGUCCUCAUCAAAAACACAUCCAACAACAUUACAGGAAUCAUCAUCAACAGAGCUUCCAACAACAGCAUAUCCAACAUUGACAUCUGCUUCAUCUGUUAGUGUAUCCCCACCUGAAACCCACCUAACAACAACACCACUAUCAUCGCCAACUCAGUCCUCAGCAGAGACCUAUCCAACAACACAAACAUCCACAAACAAACCUUCAUCAGAAACACACCCGACAACAGUGGAGUCGUCAAGCACACAGCAUUCAACGCAAACACAUCAAAGCUCAACAGAAGUUUCAUCAGUCACUGUGUUGCCAGUUGAAUCCCACUCCACAACCUCAUCAUUUUCAUUGGUUACUCAAUCCCCGUCAGAAACACGUUCAACAUCUGCACAAGCAUCAGUGACAACUGAAACUUCAUCGGAAUCCCAUCCAACUACAGAGGCAUCUCGAAUCACAAUGUCCUCUUCAGAAAGACAGCCAACAGCACAUGAAUCAUCACCCUCAGAAAGCCAUCGGACCACAGAAGUGCCUUCAAGCUCCGUGUCCUCAUCAAAAAUGCAUCCAACAACAAUACAUGAAUCAUCAACUAGAAUGCCAUUCACUACUAAGAUGACUACAAGUAAAAUUCAUUCCCUCAGUUCAGUUCAUUCAACUUCGAAAGUUUCAACACAUCCAAAUACUGUAUCAUCUACCCUGCGUCCAGCACUGGACUACUGCAAUAGAUGCAGUUGCCUGAAUAGAGGUACUUGUAAUUCAAGUGCAACAACGGAAGAUCACUGCGUGUGUGAUUGUCCUAGAGAUAUUUAUGGUACUUAUUGUGAAUAUGGACUUAACGUUACCCAUGCUGUACCCGAUACAAACACACCAAAGAGAGAAGUUAUUCUCACAUUUCGGAUAAACAAGACCUGGGAUGAAAUGUUUGAAAACACUUCAAGCGUGCAAUAUAGAAAAUAUGUUCAACUUUUGAUUACAGAGCUGACACCAAUAUACAAAAUGGCCUCGCCAGAGCACUUUUACAAAGUAAUUAUUACUGAACUCCGGAAAGGAAGCAUUAUCAUAGAGAGCAAAGGCCUCUACAACUAUACCAAUAAUCAGACACAGAAAUCAACUAUUUAAACCAUCAUCUAGCCCAUACACUGCUCGUUAAUAUUAAUAAUACAGCUACUUUGAAGGACCUCGGAUCAAGAUUGGGUGGUAACAACAUGCAACUCACUGGUAUUAAUACUACGGUCUCAUCAAUCAACAAUAUCACAGACUUGAAUAUGACAUGUGAGAUCCAAUUUAAUGAUUACAACGUCAACUGCACCAAUGGGCAAUAUUGUGUAUGUGAUGGACCCUGCAAAGAUAUGUUUGACAUCUGUCACUGGCAUGGGAAUUGCUUUAAUAAAGUUAAUGGCUCCAUUUGCAAAUGUUAUCAGAACACAUUUUACCAAUAUACCGGGAAAAACUGUGAUAUAUUCGUAAGGAACUCAGGAUUCUAUGGUGUGCUGUUUGGCGUGUUGGCAGGUGCUCUGCUCCUUCUAAUAGUCAUCAUCAUUGUCAUUAUAUACUGGCGGAGAAAGAAAUACAGACAUUCAGAUCCCGGCACUCCACAGAAGUGGUACUCGAUUGAUGAAGAAUAUUUCAGGUUUCCACAUACAGAUCUGACUACAGAGUCACUAGCGCCAAAUACUGGCAAAACACUGGGGAGGAGAAAAGGAAGAUACAACCUGGAAAAUAAUCCUUCAUUCAAUGACGAUUUCGGUUCUGGUGUCUGGAGACCAAACUUAGACAAAGUAGAUACAGAGGCUGAGAUACGAGCCAAGCGUCCCGAAGUGGUUAUGCCGGUUGAUCAGUGACAAUUGAUGCCAAUGUUAGAUCGUCACAGCCCACAGUAGUUUAGACAACUUUGUUCAACAUGUAUUAACUAAAGGGCAUUUAAGCUUCCCAAAACAAAGUUAAAACUAUAUUUUCAAAAUACUUUGUUUGUUGCACGAAUAUUUCUGAGAAAUAAGAAAAAUUCAUACUGCUCAGUAACUCAGUUUAACAUUUUUUUGUUUUUACAGUUUUGUUGUUCCAGAAAGCUCAGUAAUGAUUUGAUUGAUAUCAGUGUCCUAUUAUUUUCAUGUUACAAGGUUUUCUCAGUUCUCAAUAAGACAAAUAAGCAUUGAUUCAAUGCGUCUAUGAAGCGGCCUCUGCAGCCUGUCCGCGUUUUUAUUAUUUUUUGUCUAUGU